AUGGAUCGCGAUGACCGCACACUGUCGCUGCUGCAUCUGCGCAAGACCUUCUCCGAAUAUCUGAAAAUUCCAGUUUCCGGUCAGCGCAGUAAUGAUCCAUCACGUCUCUUGCCGCUUUUUAGUAAGGUCAUGUCCAUGUAUUCACCCUCACAACUAUCCGCUGAUUUCAAAGAGAUUGUUCAUUUUGCCACUUUUCUAUGUAGCGUUUUGGUAAAGGAAGUUAGACAGAGAGCCGCUAGUCAUGGAACAACAGAAGCAGCUUCAAGUAUUGCACAAUAUCUUCGACCUGGAACAGAAUCAAAAGGUUGGAUGAUUCUUGAAGCGAUUCGAUUUCUCAUGAGCGCAGAGGAUGAGGUUAUGAUCGAUGCGGCCUGUAAAGUCUCACUUCCAAGCACAUUAAUCAAAACCGUUUAUUUAUUUUUCGACCUUCCCGAAGGCGAUGAACCGACUAUGCAAGCUGAUAAAGAGCUUCAUAGGGUUUUGUCAAGUCUGCUCGAAUGUUUGUGCAAAUUUACGUGUGUCAGCGAAGAACUCGUCCGAAAGGAUGACCUUCUCCUUCUAUUCGUUGGCACAACUUCGCAAGUUUGUGAUGCGAACAAUGAGUGGAGAAAAAUGUCGACAAGGUUGCUUGAAGUGAUUUCCGACAAGUCAUUGACAUCGGCUGUUUUAAAAUACAUCAUCACGAAGAAAUGCAUUCGAAUUGCGGUCAAGAACAUUUCGGCGCCGGGUGUUUUGGAUUCGAACAAAAUUGCGGAAGCCAUUAUUUGUAUUUCUUGUUUGUUGAAGAAUUCCGCGUAUAUUUCGGACCAACUACUCAACGACUUUUAUGAAUGUGAUGGUUAUAUGGUUGUUAAGGAUUUCCUUUUACGAAAUGAGAAUGAUGAAGAGCUUGUUCGUAAUAUUCUGCUCAUGGCGAUAUCAUUAGUCAAUUCAGGCAAAUAUCAACUUUCUCCUCAGUAUACCUCCGGGCUCGUCCAGCUCCCAAAUUUUCAUCUUCCAACUCCAGCGGGUAAUGGUCUCAGCGUGCGGAAUCUCAAUGCGUUUUCACUUCUAUAUCACAUGUUUUUAGAGAGCUCGAAUGAGAUGGUGAGCUGCACAGUAAUUGACAUACUCCAUUCAAUUUAUACUUGCGAUUCGGCCAACUACUUCAUUUUAGACCGCGAAUACCCAUUAUCGAUAUUUAUUGAUCAGCUUGAAAGGAAACAACAAUCCGUGCGGGUGAAAUUGCUGGAACUGGUAGAAUUUGCAGUGUUUCAACUGAAUCAUAUUCCAUGUCGAGAGCUUAUCAGUCUUUGCGUAUUAUUGAAAACUGAAAUAUCAUCGGGAAACAUGUCCAUGUGCACUGUCGUCGUUCAGAUGUGCUUCAAGUUGAUCACAGUGGAUCCGAUAAUUAAGGACGCAUUUCGAGAAGUUGGAUUACUUGAUGCCCUUUGCUACGUAAUUGUAAAAAUGUUUGAAAAACGAAAAACCUCGCCACUAGCACAGGAGCAGAUUAAAGUUUCGCUUUUGACAACCGACCUUCUCACAAUCAUCAUAAAAAAUAAUAUUGAGAAUGGAAAAUUGUUUACGGAAUGCUUUGGAGCUCGUCAACUUGUUGAGAUGAUCUGCGAGGUUGAGCAAGAAUGGAGGAGCUCGCUGCUCCAGCUCCUCAAACAGUUAUUGAUUAUUGCACCGACCGAUCAAUACAUUGUCAAUGUCGUCAAUAUUCUCAAUGAGCGAAUUCCUGUGGAAAAUCUUGAUGUGAUGUUCAGCCUUCUCAAAGCACUUCUUGGCGUUGUGCGCGAAAGUCACAAAGUUCGAAUUCAAUUCCGAAAAGCCGGCGGUUUUUUGAGUCUUUCGGCCCUUUUAUUGGGUCUCGAGAAGAAAUUCGCCGAUGUUCCAUCGGAAACCGAAGGCAAAAUACCUGACGAGUAUUGUCAACUUCUCGAAUUUGUGCACAUCAUCUUCAAAGUUUUCACGUUGUCGAUGAGAUUCGAGCCCUCGAAUGCGAAAUACUUUGCGACAGAAAUCACGUGGGACAGCAUUACAUCGCUAUUGCGUCUCACUUCAAUUUUCAAUGAGAAUUUGGUGAUCUCAAUUGACGAGGACGAAUGGAAACUACAGAAUACGGAUAUUCCGAAGGAAAUCGCCGCGUGUCAUGAGGUUUUUCGUCUUGAUGAUAACAUUGAAACGGGUAAUGUUCCUGCUAAUAUGCCGUUCAAAAUUUAUUUCGGAUGCUAUAUUAUUCGGCUAAUAUUCAAUAUGGCGCUCGACAAUUAUGAGAAAAUGUCGUCGGACAUAAAAUGGAACGAUUCGGAAUCUCUUGAAGAAUCGAUUGUGUCCUGGACGUCGUCGAUGCUCGUCCAUCCGGGAGCGAUUAUCUCAAUGCUCUCGCUUCUACCAUCGAUUUCGUGUGAGCACAUGAAAUGGACAGUGGCCGCUCAGUAUUAUGUUGCUCUUCUUCUCAAAUCGAUUCUCAAAUCGGAGCGAAAUCAACAGAUAAUGUGCCAAAUCGAUAUGCCAAAAUGUUUAUUGGAUGUGGCUGGAAAGCUUUUCCUUAUGGAAAACCAUCUUCUACUUCAGCCGUUUUAUUAUUUGCUUGAGAGACUUUCGUAUCAAUCAUUGACACCGAAUCAAUUAAGAUCAUUUCUGCGGCUAGACAGUCCAUUAUGCUGCAGGAACUUGGAUGACACAACUGCCGAGUCAGGUUCUCCAACUGAAGGUGGACCAGUGCCUCUUCAGAGAGUUAAAGCGCUUGUUUCGAUGAUGACUCCUAGAGAUCAAUAUAUCGGAACUGCUCCGAGCUUCGUUGAAUUCGACAUGUCGGUUGAAGGAUUUGCCGCGUUGUGUAUGCCAUCAUUGGCGCCGAUGUUCUCCUCGACGAAGACAGAGCGAAUAUUUCCGCCGCUGAAUGGCUUCUCUUAUUGCACAUGGCUUUACUUGGACACUCUUUCUGAUAAGAAGCUCGAUGCUCAUCCGAUUCGUCUGCUCACUGUCACACGCGCCAUUGCAUCUGGCGACCCGAAAAAGGCGCCGACUCAUCUGGCAUGCUUCCAAAUGCAAUUCAGCGCGAUCGAUCGAAGUUUGCUCAUAUCCACCGAAGAAAGCGAGCAGCCCGGCGCCGAUUUGGAGAAGUGCGCCAAUUUCCAAUCGGAUAAACUAAUUCGCGUUACAUUGGCUGACGUGGUCCGAACUGGCGAAUGGUUCCAUAUCGCAUUGGUGUUCAAUCGAUCGGUCCUCAAAGCCUCACAAGUCUCGGUGUUCAUUAAUGGUCGCCUGGUUUCUACGCAGAAAUUGAUGUAUGUGGCGCAGAAUGCUGGUGGAGGAGCGACUCAAUUGGCGCAGACUCAUUCAGUUAAUGCAACCGUUGGAACUCUGCCAGCGCUGCGAAGGCCGAGCCGAUUACGAUUCCGUCUUGCCUCGAUAUUUCUUGCCGAAGAGCCGCUCAGUGCUGAAACGAUCAAAACGAUUGUUCAACUUCAGCCGCAUUAUAUUGGUAAUUAUCAAACAGCAUCGCCCGAGCGAACAGCGUUAGUUCAUGAGGAAAAGAUUGUGUUCUCGUUAUCCGCUGCCGCCACUCUUGAAAUGACAAUGGCAAAAAUUCGGACCAUGUACGGCAAAAUGGAUGCCGAGAUUUUGUCGCAUCAUCUCGGCAUCUCGCCGAAUGAUCAUAGCACACCACUUCGUGUGCUAUUCAACACGAUCUCGCACGCGCCGGGACCCGGACGAACGUUUGGCGGUGUGAUUGUCGGCUAUUUGGGAAUGCGCACGUUCACACCGCGACCGGUGCCGGCACUUCUUGACUCGAUUGGAGGAUUUGCGUGCUUGUAUGGUCUUAUUGCGAUGGCUGUUGACUCGGAAGGGCUCUACGCUUCGUUGAAGGCGCUGGUGUCUGCGAUUCGAUCGAAUCCGAAACUUUUGGCGACGUGGAAUAACAAUAGAUCCUAUCAGAUUCUCGCCGUCCUCCUCGAGGAUAAAGCCAAAAUGCUCAAUUCGCACAUUAUGCACAUGGUGUUCAAUGUUACCGGAACUGCCGACACUCAACAGGAGCAUGCCACAAUACCGUAUCCACCAUCGUUUGAAGACCUUUUGUGCGAUUUGAAAGUUUGGCGAAAUGCGCCGAUUGAGCUUCAUCGAAUGCUGUUUGAGCAUUUUUAUGAGCUUAUCACGGACCAUCAAUUGAAUAAUUUGCAAAUUGUUCGAAGAUCGUCGCUUCUUUCGAGACUUCUCCUCACGAUGCAUGAUGAUAUUCCGGUGGUGCGGCACACCGAUGAUGUGGUGUUCAAUUUGGUGUCUGCUAUCCUUCAACCACCGUCUGAUGCAAGAAGUAUUCUGAAGUUGGGACAAAUCAUCGGAGCAACACUUCCAACAUCGGAAUCCGAAUGCUAUGAGGAGAAUCAGAUUCCGUUCCACAUCUCGGAAAUUCAGAAACUCUUUUUGGAGACGGAUAAAGAGAAGGCGUUGGAUCGGACGAUUAAUCUUGUCUAUAUUCGGAAUCGGUUUUUGAACAUUAUUGCCAAUUUCUUGUCAAACUCGAGCCCACAUCUUCAACAACAAAUGUGUGAGCAAAUCGUGCGAUCUUUGGGAUAUGACUGGUUGUUUGCUUUGAUGUCUCCAGGAAUUCACCCAGGCACACUCUAUUUGAGUUUGAGAAUUCUGCUUCUCAUCCUUAAUCAACCUCUCCUUCUAACCAAGUUCAAAGAAGGCUCGUCGAACGGUGGUUGGCUUUCCGAAGCGGAUUCUGUUGUCCGGAAUCGUGCCGCUGUCGUUCUCGGCUUUUCAGUGUCUGCGCACGGCGGUUCGGUUGGAUCCAAAAUUGACAUCAAUCCGGAGCUUCAACAUUGCGGUGGUUUCGCGGCGCUCGAGCAUCUGAUGGCAGCGCAUGCCGACAAACCGUAUCCAUAUUAUGCAAUGCUGUCGAUUCUUGUUGGACAACCUGUGAGCAAUCUCAGAUUCUGCGAUCAGUUCAAUAUGGAGCUUGUAUGGACUCAUGUGUUUGGAUUAUCGUCGAAUAGUUCUGUGUUCGAUGCGAUCAAUUCGGCCAACUUCUGCUUCGACGCGGUGAUUCCUCUUCUCUCGAUGGUCCGAGCAGCGAUCUAUUGCAACAAUGGAAAUCAGCAGCAAGGAUGGCAUGUAAACAAUUCGUCGACUGUCAUUCAAAUGAUCACGUUCAUGUAUCAAAAUUCGACCGCGUUUUUCAAUGUCGCGCACUCUGAAGAGUUCGUUUUGGCUCUUUUCUCUUGUCUGAUUGAGGAUACCAACGCGAUGGGAAUCAGAUCCGAAUCAUCUACUAGAAGGAGUGUGGACGCCGGAACGCCGGACGCCGAAUACUUCCAAGCUUUUUUGGCACAACCAAAUGUGAAAAUUGUGACCGAUUUGCUGAAGAAAAUCAUUUCGGACAACCUUCAGGUCAAUCCUUCCAAGACGGAAUCUAUUGUGGAUGUGAUUCUUGACGUGAUCUGCGAAUCUGGUUUGACGCGAAAAACGCAGAUCGCGUGCCUAACGUCAAUUAUCCAUUCGGUUCUCGAGCACGUCGUUGGCACCGAUCUUUUGAGCUCGUCGGCUCUCCCACCGAAUGUUCAAGCUCAGCCACAAAUCCAAGUAAUCGCUAACAUCUCUCUAUUGUGCAAUCGAGCGGUGGAUGGAUUUUGGAAUGGACUCAUCGGCGGUGAGCCGAUGCGAAUGCUCUCAACACUGUACCACCUGCAAGCAUUGGCGUGCAAGAAGGCUAACAAGGCGGCAAAUCCGGAACCAAUCACAGCUUGCGUCAUGAAAAUGACAUUGUUCAUUCUCAGCCGUCCAAUUGAUACCGUAGCCGUCCAGCUAAGUGUUCUUGACGCUUUGUCAUCAUUGGUCUCGAAACGAUACUUGUUCCUUGUGUCUAACGAGUCUUGGUUCUUCGCAGCAUUGACACAUCUCAUUUUCAUGCUCUCGGUGACUCCAGAUGUCUUAUAUCAGGAGACUUCGUCGGACCUUGAUCGAGCCAGUGCUCAAGUUGCGAUGUGUGCAACGAGAGUAUGGGAUGAUGUGAUAUGCGCGAAGCAGGCGUUGAUCGAGGAGACGUUCAAGAGACAGAUUGUUAGCGAGAUCAAUGCCGCUCGUGCUCUUCUCGCGCAUACUGCUGGCGUCUACUGGCAGCAGUUUGUAGAUUCACAAUUGAGAUCCAACACUCAGCAGAAUAAUUCGACGGCCAAGGAUAUUCAGCAGCAGAUCAGCUCGAAAUUCAAUCGAGUUGCUUCUGGAAUCAGCAGAUUCGCCACAAAGAGGUCGAUGAGCACGACGAGUGGAAUCGGAACAAUGUCGCCUUGGAAGAUAUCUUCUGCUGAUAAGCAGGUGAUCUUUAUGUGGCUUCGUGUUCACAUCAGCUUGAUCAAAGAGCUCAUCCGUGCGCAGUCUACAAGAUACAACGAAUGGCAUGAGCAUGUCCGAAAAUGGUGCCUUCAUGAUUGGCACCAUUGGGAAGCAGAGCUGACCCGAGAGCGCGGAAUUUGGGGACCUGAAAUGGCGUCAAAACUGGAGAAAUUCAAACUUGAUCUCACCGAAGGUCCGUCGCGAAUGCGCCGAAAAUUGAUUCCGAAUCGCAAUUUCUAUCACAUUUACCCAUAUCGGCCGCAUUUGGACGCGACAACGGCGAAGGCUCAAAGAGCAAAAGUGGCGAUAUCACAUGACUCGAAAGCGUAUUAUGAAGCCUGCUUGAAACAUCGAAAACGCACGUUGGACACGAGAAUUUUGGAUCAAUCCGUGUCGGUUAUGACGCCUUCCGAAGAAAAUAAGACUUUUGGAUACUCGUUCACCGAUUUGUCGCAAAUCAAUUCUUCGCUCAUUCGUCGAUUAUCGGCUACUGCAUCCACCACAGAUGUCCCGAAAUCGCUUGAACUCAAUGAAGAGGAGUGCGACGAUUCACAAAAGGUUGAUGAGAAUUCGACGUCUCAAGAAUCGACGGUAUCUGACAAAUCGAAUAAUUCGAAUUCGAUUAGCGAGAAGCCGGAGACGGCGCCUCCCGAAUCGGCGAGAAGUGAGAAGGAGGAGCGCAAACCGGGACCCGACAAUCAGACGCUUCUUCGAUUAUUGGAACAAGGAGAACAAUUGCAUUCGAUGUACCGAUGUGCGAGAAUACAGGGUCUUGAGACCGCCGAAGGUCUUCUUCUGUUUGGGCGUGAUCAUUUCUAUGUGGUCGAUGGAUUCACCCUUCUCAAAACGAAAGAAAUUCGCGAUCUCGAUUUUCUGAGUCCAGACAUGCAUGAUCCGAUUGUUCCAUAUCAGGCCACCGGCGCUACGCAGGCUCCGAAAUCGUCGAGACUUUGUAGCAAGUUUAGCUAUCAUAUGAUCAGAGAGAUCCAUAAACGACGAUACCUCUUGCAGCCGAUCGCCCUCGAAGUAUUCAGUUCGGAUGGCAGGAAUUAUUUGUUAGCAUUCCCGAAGAAGAUUCGAGAUCGCGUCUAUGACCAGUUGAUCUCAAUGGCGACGAAUUUGUCAAGUGGUGGAAUCGACUCCCUUGGAGGGCAGAAGGCGAAUGUCUCGAUUGAACAAUGUAACAGAGGAGCUUCCCUUCUCUCGUCGCUCAUCGGCCAACAAUCGGUAACUCAGCGUUGGCUGAAUGGAAACAUCACCAAUUUCCAAUAUCUGAUGCACUUGAACACGCUGGCUGGACGAUGCUACAAUGAUUUGUCGCAAUAUCCCGUGUUCCCCUGGGUUCUCGCCGAUUAUUCGUCGAAUUGUUUGGAUUUCACCAACGUGAAAACGUUCCGCGAUUUUGGCAAACCGAUGGGCGCUCAGAGUGCCGAACGAUUGGAGCAGUUCUUAAAACGAUUCCGCGAAUGGGACGAUCCUUCUGGCGAAACACCGCCGUAUAUGUAUGGAACGCACUAUUCGAGCGCGAUGAUUGUUGUCUCGUAUUUGGUGCGAUUGGAGCCAUUUACUCAACAAUUCUUGUCACUUCAGGGAGGUCACUUUGAUCUUGCUGAUCGAAUGUUUCAUAGCAUUGGCGACGCGUGGACGAGUGCCAGUAAGAACAACAUGGCUGAUGUGAAGGAAUUGAUUCCCGAAUUCUUUACGCUUCCCGAAAUGUUCAAGAAUAGCAACAAUUUUGAUCUUGGCGUAAAGCAGAAUGGGAUUCAAGUUGAUGAUGUUAUCCUACCAACUUGGGCUCAUAAUGAUCCUCGAGAAUUUGUCAGAUUGCACCGACAAGCACUCGAGAGCGAUUAUGUGUCGUCACAUCUUCACGAAUGGAUCGAUUUGAUAUUUGGUUACAAGCAAAAUGGAGACGAAGCUGUCAAGGCCAAUAAUUUGUUCCAUCACCUCUUCUAUGAAGGAAGUGUAGACUUUGAGAGGAUCGAUGAUCCGCUAACGAGAAAUGCGACGAUUGGAUUUGUGAAUAAUUUCGGACAAAUUCCAACGCAAUUGUUCAAAAAGCCGCAUCCUCAGAAGAAGGUGAAUAUUCUCGAAGGAUAUAGCAAUACGCCGGGAGUGACGACGCAGCGGUUGUUCUACCAUAUGAUUCAUACAAUGACACCUCCACAAUCGCCGUUUAAAGAACUUCGAUCGACGGUUGGAAGUAUUCAUCACAACGAUAAAGUCGGUCUGAUUGCUCUUGAGCAGAACAAGGUGCUUUUGGGAUCAAAUCGCUACAUCAUGUGGGGACUGCCCGAUCGGAGCAUGCGAAUCGGACAGAUCGAUUCCGACAAAUCGCAAUGCAUUCAUGAGAUGUGCGAAUCCGAUGAGAUGACUUGUGUGGCUGCUGGCGAUGAUUCGACAUUGUUCUGUGGAAAUACAUCGGGUUGCAUCACAGUUUGGAAAGUUAUCAAUAAACCGUUGUCGAUGAAGAAGCUCUCGGUGUUGAACGGACAUUCGGAUGCCAUCACAUGUCUUGUCUCGUGCCAAUCGCAUGCGGUUCUUGUUUCAGCAUCGCGCGAUUUGACUGUCAUCGUUUGGCAUUUGUCGGAGAUGUUCCUCAUUCGCCAAUUGCCGAAACAUCCGCAACCAGUGGUUGCAGUGGCAGUAAACGAUUCAACAGGAGAUAUUGCGACCGCGUGUGCCACAAUUCUUCAUAUUUGGACAUUGAAUGGAAGCCUACUGGCCGUGUUGAACACAUGCGAUAUCGCGCCUUCCAUUGAUCCACAACAGAUGAUUAUUUCAUUGGCGUUCUCAACGCUUAAUGAAUGGGACAAUGACAAUGUGAUCAUGUGCGGAACUUCUGAUGGAAUCGUUAAGAUCUAUUCAUGCCUUGUUGUUAAGAACGAUGGAAGUGUUAAUGAGCAGCCGCAUUUGGAAUCGAAUAGCUUGGAUACUGAUCGAUCAGCCGCACUCGCGGCGAAAUUAGAAAAGCAGAGGAAGCGGCUCAAGACGAACACGACGUCGAACUCGUCGACAGACAAAUUGUCGUCGUUAGACUCAAUGUCGAUCACCUCGCAACAAUCGGAGCCGCCGAGCCCGUCGUUGGUGAAAUCGAAUGGCUCGGUGAAUGAGCCGGAGAAGUUUGUGCGAGUUUUGGUGCAGCGAACGGCGCUGACAAUGCACACCGCGUUCAACCGGCCCGAUAAUAUUCAUCCGGCGCCGAUAACAGCAAUCGCGCCGAGCAAAGAUCACAAAUGUUUGUAUAUUGGAGAUGGGAUUGGAAGGGUUUGGUGUUGGCAGAGCAGCGAAGGCGGAGGAAGAACUGAUAAUUGGGUGCAGGACGUGACUAGGCAAAGAUGCGAUGAUUGUGAGCACAAAUUCACACUUGCUGAUAGGAAGCAUCACUGUCGAAAUUGUGGGCAAAUAUUUUGCUCAACAUGCAGCCGCUACCUUCUAUGGUAUUUGCGCCUUUUGUGCCACACAUCGACAACAAUUGAUGUUACAGUAAUGUUGGUGAGGAGGGUGAUUCAAGGCAUACGCCAAUAUGCGACACCAAAACAAAAAUUGAAAGGCUACGUAUUUCCAGAAGUCCGGAAAGAAGAUUGCGAGCAGAAGUACAUUUCUGGUUGGGGCCCUGGCGGUCAGAAGGUGAACACGGCGCAGAAUGCGGUUCAAUUAACUCAUCUGCCAACAGGAAUCACUAUAAAAGUGCAUGAAUCACGCCUCCUUCCGAAGAACAUCGACAUUGCGUUCGAGAGAAUGAAAUUCGUUCUCGAUCGUCAUUACAAUGGUGACAAUUGCUAUGAAGAACAAUUGAAGAGAUUACAACAAAAGAAAGAGGAAAAAGCGAGGAAGCAGCGCGAGAAGGCGAGAAUCGAAAAAGCGGAAUUUGCGAAACAAUUAAAGGAGGAUCAAAUUUAA